UGCUUUGAGAAUAGACGUGACUUGCAAAAGAAGUUUGUCAUAAUGGAAUCUGCAGGAGACUGGUGUUUGAUUGAGAGUGAUCCAGGUGUUUUCACACAACUGAUAAAGAAAUUUGGAGCUAAAGGUGUACAAGUAGAAGAAUUAUGGACCAUGGAGGAAGGAAUUUUUGAAAAUCUAAGACCUGUUCAUGGACUUAUAUUUCUCUUCAAAUUCUUACAACACGAGGAACCUGCUGGCCCCGUUGUGACAGACAACCGUCUUGAUAAAAUCUACUUUGCUAAACAGGUUAUCAAUAAUGCCUGUGCUACCCAAGCUGUAGUCAGCUUACUUCUAAACUGCACUCACCCAGACGUGGACAUAGGCCCUGAGUUGACCAAGCUAAAGGAGUUCAGCAUGUCAUUUGACCCCCGUAUGAGAGGCUUGACUUUGAGCAAUUCGCAGACCAUCCGCAUGGCGCAUAACUCCAUGUCACCAUACAUGCACUUUGAGUUUGAUCAGAAAAUGGCUUCAAAGGAUGACGACGUAUAUCACUUCAUCGGCUAUAUGCCUAUCGACGGGCGGCUGUACGAGUUGGACGGGCUGCGCGAGGGUCCCAUCGACCACGGACCCAUCGCGCCGGAGCAAGACUGGCUCGACGUCGUCAGGCCCAUCAUCAUGAAGCGCAUCAACAUCUACACAGAAGGCGAGAUCCACUUCAAUCUAAUGGCUCUCGUAUCAGACAGAAAGAUGAUUUACGAACGUCAGCUGGAGGAACUUCUUAACGAGUCACAGAUGAUGGGCAUGCACUCGGAAGAAGUUGAGAACGAGAUACCCCGGCUCAGGAUGCUUAUAGAAUACGAGGACGUCAAGAUGGCCAAGUACCAGCAGGAGAUGGCGCGGAGAAAACACAACUACAUACCGUUUAUAGUGCAGUUGCUCAAGAUCUUGGCAGAGGAGAAAAAAUUGACUCCACUAUUGGAAAAGGCGAAGGAGCGUGCGGCGAAAAAAGGACCUAAAAAGAUUAAGACGUAGGAAUAUGCAAUGAAGCUUUAGUAUUAAAAGAAUAGUGGAGUAUGUGUGUAUCUGUGCUGCUUGU